GCCUAUUAGAUUAUAGUAGACAAUAUGUAGCCUAUGCAAUAUUAUAAAAACAUUCCUAUUGACUUAGUGCUUUGUUUAUUAAAAACUUAAGAGCAUUAACUGUGAACGUGGUGCAGGCCUAUUAGAUUGUAGUUGACAAUAUGCAUUCUAUGCAAUAUUAGAUUAACAUUCAAGUGACUUAGUGCUUCGUUUAUUAAAAACGUAUGAGGAUUAAAUGUGGACAUGUGCUGGAUCUUGAUAUUCACUUCUCAAGAUGUUUUCACGUCGUAAUAAAAUCUUAAUGUAACUAUUGGGUUUAUUUUGGACAACAGCACAUCAAACCCAAAAUAAACAUUCUUGCUGUCUGGACAUGCUGCCAUAAGCCAGUUUCUGUGUCAAAUACCAAGAUGGCCAUUACUCUGGCAGUGCAGAUCAUCACGAAGGCGCUGUGCAUUGCUAUAGACGUCAUCGUCUUGUUUCUCAACCCUCUUAUCAUCGACGUCAUCCACAAUGACAGAGCCAUCCGGCGACAGCCCAGCGCAGUUUUCAUCACCAACCUAGCCAUCGCCGACAUGUUCGUCGCCGGUACAAACCUGCUGAACAUGAUCCUGCACUUCAUGGACCUGAGUCGUGUGGUCCCCGUCUGCGUCGUGCUGUACGGCUUCUUCUCCGUCAGCAUGAUCAACGCCUCGCUCCUCUUCAUGUUCUGCAAUUCCAUCGAUCGGUUCGUGUUCAUCCGAAUGUCUUUCCACUACCACGCCACGAUGAGACGUUGCUGCGUGAGGGCUUUAGUGAUCAGCGUGUGGUGCGUGUCGUUGCUCACUCCGAUUUUGCCGUAUCUCUUAAUUGAUCACGUCUGGGAUUACGGCUCUUGUGUGGAGCUCUUCCACUCCCAGGUGUACCGCGUCUUUCACUUCAUUCUGGCUGUCGUCUUCGUCCUGACCUUGCUAGCCACGGUCAUUAUGUUCAUCAGCGUCUACCAGGUCGUCAGGAGAAGUCAACGCCUGCGGAGGUUGCCGCUCAGGACGUUCUCGUCUGAAACCGCCAUGUCAGGAUCAACUUGGCUGUCCCUUCAAAACUCUCCCGAUUCACCAAGAUCUUCUGUACCUUCUGAACGUAUACCUUACAAAUACGAACAAAGCAAUACAUCGCUGCAGCCUUUGCCGGAAGAUGGUGUCAUUUGUUCUGGAAACCCUUUAGAGGCACAGGACUGCCGUACAUCUGAGAACCAUCUCAAAACUCAUCCACCGGACGAAACAAUGCCAAUAGCUUUAUCAAAUGAUUCAACAAUAGUGUUUCAGAAUCAAAAUAAACCUACCGGCCAAGACGAACAAGUUGGAACAACUAAAGAAUCAGAUAAACAACAAGCCUUUGUUUCGGGCCAUGAACCUGGCCGUAAAAAACGUGGCCGUAGUUUGAAAACGAAAUCUUUGACAUGCAGUAUCGUGAAGAAACCGAGAAAACAUUUGUGUGAUUCACAUCUUUCAGAUGACGACGAAGUAAUCGAUGGCUGCAUAUGUCGAGAUGAUUACUUGAAAAAGUCGGCAGUUCGAGAAACGAAAAGUGAAUCUCUCUGGCAGAUUAGAAGUCACAGAAAGAAGAGAAGCUGCGCAAGGAAGGCUGUGGAUAGGACAAACGAACUGACCCAUAUCUGGUGUGCUAAGCCCGCUGUAGCAAACGUCAGCUUUAGUCCAGACAUGAUGCCCGAUUCCAUCUUUAUUUUUAGACAGGAUUAUACCAAACAACAACGUGAAAAUUUUGAUGUUGAUUUAUCGAAUACAGUAUUACCAGCAGGGCGUGGUCAGCGUGAAACACCAAGAAUCAACUGCUUAGAAUAUAACGGAAAAUUUUCUAUUGUGAUUGAAAGCUCUGCUUUGGUAUCGGAGCUGAGUCGAUCCAUCGCCGCUCAUUAUGAAACAUCCUCAUCGAAUACGCCCGUAGCUUCGGACAAUUUGGCCAAAGACCAGUCUUCUAAAUCCCCAGGGGAAGUGGCUCAACAAUCUGAGUCAAUAUCCGCCACAGAUGCGCACAGCUGUGAAGAAAGGGAGAGAAAUACUCCGUAUCUCGCCCGUCCUUCUUUUAUUUCCCUGGAAGGUGCAACUCAAAAACCAAACGAUCUGGCGACUUCCCGGAAAUGUGACGCCCCAGCUAACUCACUCAGACCGUCACGUUUUAGUUUCUUAGACACAGCGUCAGCUCUGAGGAAAAAAUUGUCCACUCAGUCUUCCUCCACCACACCAAGCACACCGUUUGGCGUCCCAGCGUACACCGGACGAGACAUGCGCACUAUCAAAAUACUUUUCCUCAUGUUCUGCGUGUACUUGCUCCUGUGGUUCCCCACGUUCCUGGUCAACGUACUGCGCAGUCUCAGCAUUGAGAUCAGCCUGGAAGUAGUGGUCAUCUGCUACACCUUCGGGGUCUCAAACUCCGUUGUCAACUUCUUUGUCUACCCAAUGAAAAUCCCACGCCUGAAACAGGUCUUCAAACAACUCUUACAGAAAUCUUUCAAUGGCGCAAAGAAGAAAAUGAAACGUAGACUCCUUUCAUUUUGUCACUAAGUGGCACAAGUCAGAGAGAUUCGUCUAAAUCCGAUUAAUACCUCAUUUAUAUUUUGAUAUGCUUUGAUGUAACCUACGCAUACAUUAUGCGUAUGAUUUCCAAGAAAACUAUUUCUUAUCACAGUUCACACAACUUGCGUUGAAAGCAGGUGACGACGUCCAUUUUGAUUGAAUCCGUUAAUAUUAAAUAUUAAAGAAGUUUACAGCACUUACUGAUAGCCACUUUAAAUUGAGCUUUAUUGUGAAGAUAGUUGGUCGAAUAAGAUUUCCUGUUUGUUUUGUCAACUCAUAUUAACAUUAAAACUGUUCAAUAUUUAAGUUGCAAAUAUUACUUUCCAACUUGUUCGGCCAUAGAAAACUUCAAUCUCUCUGAUCUGAAUUGUGCUUUGUUUAACGAUCUGCAGACUUUAAGAAGUUGCUCAAACGAGCAUCUGUCGCUGUUUCUAAUUUUCAUAUUUCGGGGCUUGAGUGUUUUUUUCACAAAGCUGCGUCAUGUUUGGAUUCCUCCAGUUUUGCGUUGAACAACGAACUAUCCAAAUAGAUUGAGUUGUGUUUUUUGUUUUCACAAUUUGAAUGACAUUAACAAAAAUAUGUUCGUUUUGCAAAUGGCGCUUCAUCAUCUGUUUGUUACCGCCCCCUUCCACGGACUUGUGGUUGUUUUUUUUCCUCUCUUGAAUGGUGUGAGCUGAGAUUCCCUGAAGACUUAUUGGUUAUUCUACUGACCUAGAAAUGCAAAGGCAUUGGACCAAAAAAAAAAAAAAAAAAAAGUGAAGCUUUGCUUUGUCUAAAAUGAAAUCUACGGGCCACUAGGUCCGCAAAUGAUGGUGAAAUUUACUUUGUAAAAACUUGUAAUAAAUCUUCUGACAUCUUUAAUGUGUGCGUGUGUGUGCUAUGUCUUUGCUAUGAAUGCUAUUAGAAGAAAACAAAAUACAAAGUGAACUAUAAUCAGUUUAACCCUUCCCUACCCAAGUAAAAUUGAACAGUUGAUUGAAAAUGUAACCAAAAAAAAAAAAUCGAGAAGGCCUAAUGUGGUUGAUGAAGUGUCCUUCUCAUAAAGAUUGUAUUUACCAUGUACAUCCUCCUCCUUUCCGUUAAUUAGCCUACUCCUUUUUAAUUAAUCUGUACACACUACAUAGCUACAAUACACUACAAUCUGUACACACUACAUACCUACAUUUAAAAAAAACAACAAUUACUUGAAAUUAGUGUAGUCGCUGAGUGAACUUUUUAUGUUGUGUCUGUUCUAUUUAUGUAUAUGUUUCUGUUGUGUUGUCUUUAUAUGAGAAAAGAGUCCUUGUAAUCCACAACAAAUUUCCAUAAGAAUCAAUAAAGCAGUCUUAGUCUUAAUUCAUUGUCAACGACUUAACUGUUGAAUGAUGUGUUAAACCAAAUCGUCCCAAAGAGUAUCGCCCAGUGUCCAGGAGUAUAUUAUAUGUAACCCAAGGCCAGGAAGCAGAGAUUCGUGUGCAUUGUUGACCUAAUGUCUAUUUCGACCCCUCCCCAGAAUGCUGCUGACGUUAUAUAUAAGGGGAAAUCACUGUGUUGGAGCAACUUUCAUCAAAGUGUCUCCCUUAUAAAAACUAUUUUGUAGGCGUCACUUUUACGGUUGAGACUAAAUCUUUUGAAACUCAAGGCUAACGGAAGCUUCCAGUGCCCCCCCCCCCAAUCUGCUGCUCUGUUUGAAUAAUUGUUUUGUCUGAAUGGGAUCCACCAAGCAGAUGAAAAUGUAUUGCACCUCUAUGUCGAGAGGCUCGUAUCCAAAGAUACUCAUGGCAAGAGGCCGAACACCCCUCCAAAUCCCGUCGUUUUCCUUUUCAGUUAAACCUCGGCCAUGCUGGUGCCUGUCAAAAAACUGUUCCUUGAAGAAUGGUGUGUGGUGUUGGAACUCUCCUCCACCUCCACUAGUACAAUGAACAUAGUUAGUACACACCCUAUCGGGGGGUCUUAAUCGUUUAGCUUCCUUAUUUGCCUAAUCGUCUCCUCUAACGACAGUCUCCAAUCGGGCGCCACGUUGAGGCCUAGAAGCUUUGCCCGGGUAAAAAAAGCUAUUUAAAAGUUUAAUUAGCGAAAUAAUGAUUCGGGAAAAAAAAUAUCAUCGGGUAAAGUGUAGUGUAGGCCAACAGAUGGUCAAUGUAAUAGCCGCACAUCAUCAAUAUAACCCAUUAAUCACCCAAGACUUAUUAUCCGGAUUAAUUGGGAAAGGGUUCUGUCCGGAUCACCGAAUGCGAAUAUGAUAAACGGUUCACUUCACCAACAACAUUCCUAAGAGUUUUCCUUUAAAUAUAAAAUUCAAGUAAAAUAUACAAGAGAACAAGGCCCUUUACAUGGUAGCAUACCAUUAUUUAGAGAAAUAAUCCCCCGAUCUUUCGCUGCACACCAGCAAGACCAUUUAAAUUAAGUGCAGUAAAACGAAAUAGGCAGUCUGGAUCAUGGGCAUAGCUGCAGGGCGUUUAGGGGCACACCACCCCCGAGAAAAAAAAAGUUUAUUAACAUGACUACAUCUAUUGAACAAAAAUUGUUUAGUUCUCAUGAACAUUUUUUAUAUAUGAAUUGGGGCACGGUGGCUGAGUGGUUAAGCGCUUGAGGUCCUGAGUUUACAUCUCGGUGAAGACUUGGAUUUUGAAUUUUUUAGGGCACCUUUGAUUCCACCAAACUUUAUUGGGUACUAGACUUUAGUUGGGGAAAGUAAAGGCGGUUGGUCAUUGUACUGGCCACAUGACAUUCUGCUUGUUUACCAUUGGCCAAAGAAACAGAUGACCAUAACAUCAUCUUCCCCAUAGAGUGCAAGAUCUGAAAGGGAAACUUUACUGAAUGAUUAAAAAUAAAGUAUGAUUAUAUCUUUCAAAUAAUAUGCAUCCCUAUAUAUUUUUUUCACUAUUAUGUAUUACUUCUAUGUUGAUUAAUUUAAACAUCUUUUAGAAUCGCUUGGGUGUUCUUUUUUUUUUACUACUCUUCUUAUAGUGUUAUUACUAGCUAUAUGUUUGAUUACUAUACAUGUACAGUGACUUAAUAUGAAAUUAUAAAACUGCUCUAUCC